GAAGAGUGUAGGAAAAAAAAAACCCACAACCCAUUCAAAACCUACUCUAAACACACCUCCCCACUAUCCCUCCUCUUCUUCAUUCUCAAAAAUGGCCCUUUUUCAUCCCACGGCAUUCACAUCUCUCUGCCUCUUCUCCAAUCAAAGAAGAACACUUAAUUCCUCUCUUGUACCAAAAACAUCCCAUGCACACACUAGUAACAUAUCAAGACCUCUAGUAUUGGAUAAGAGGAUAAAGAGAAGGUUUGGGCAAGUGUGUUGUGCAGCAUUGGCUGAAGGUGUUCAAGAGAAACAAGCACAAAUACCAGUGGAGGCUGAACAAGAUAAUAUAUCAAAUGAAAAGUAUGACUGGAAGGAGGAGUGGUAUCCACUUUACCUUACUAAGGAGGUCCCUGACGACGCUCCGCUCGGCCUCACCGUCUUCAACAAACAACUAGUUCUUUAUCGGGAUGGUGCCGGUGUCUUGCGGUGCUAUGAAGAUCGAUGCCCGCACAGAUUAGCAAAACUUUCAGAAGGGCAGUUGGUGGAUGGGACAUUGGAAUGUUUGUACCACGGAUGGCAAUUUGAAGGGGAUGGCCAAUGUGUGAAGAUACCUCAGCUAGAAGAAGGAGCAACAAUACCUCGAGCCGCCUGCGCAAAGAAAUACCACAUCAAAGACUCUCAAGGCGUCGUAUGGGUAUGGAUGUCGGACAAGAACCCUCCAAACACCUGGAAGCUCCCCUGGUUCGAGCACUACGCAAAGCCCGGCUUCACCGACCUUUCCUCCAUCCAUGAGCUCCCCUAUGAUCACUCCAUCCUUCUUGAGAACCUCAUGGAUCCUGCUCACGUCCCCAUCUCCCAUGACCGCACGGAUUUCACUGCCAAACGUGAGGAUGCACAGCCUCUAGGCUUCACCGUGCUUGAAAGAACCUCCAGAGGCUUUUCCGGCAACUGGUGGAGGUCCAAAACUCCGGAUUUAGUGAACAUUCUAAGGUUCGAAGCCCCUUGCGUUUUAUCAAACAACUUGGAGUUCACUGACAAGCAAGGAAUCAAGCAGUAUUUCUCAGCGCUCUUCCUUUGUAGACCAUCAGGGCAAGGGAAAUCAAUGCUGAUUGUGAGGUUUGGGGCAACAAUGAGAUCACCUCUUGUCAAGAUCCUCCCAAAUUGGUACUUGCACCAGAAUGCUUGCAAGGUUUUCGAGCAAGACAUGGGGUUUCUAUCAUCGCAAAACGAGGUGCUAAUGAAAGAGAAAUCACCGACCAAGGAUCUAUACCUGAAUCUCCGAUCGAUCGAUGGUUGGGUGGUGGAGUAUCGGAAGUGGAUGGAUAGGGCUGGGCAUGGGAUGCCUUACUACUUUGGGCACAGCACGGUGAGGAUGCCGGAGGAGCCGGCGGUGGUGGAGCACGCGCCGGCGGGGAUGGUGGCUGCGGUGGCGGCCUCCCCGCCGGCGAAGGGAGGAGUGGGGGCGACCGCGGUGGAGAAUCCGGCAAAUAGGUAUUACAGGCAUGUGGUGCAUUGCAAGGGAUGCAGGGUAGCGGUAAGUAGGUUUGAGGGCUGGAAGAAGGGGUUGGUGAUGGCCGGAGUGGUGGCGGCGGCGAUGGCGGUGCUGGUGAACGGACGGCAGUGGAAGGCGGCGGCGUUGUUAGCGGCGGCGGUGUUGCUCGGUGGAGCGAGUGCGUGCUCGGUGGUGGUUGGGUUGCUUACUACGAACUUCGUGAGGACGCAUCGGAGGAUCUGAUUUCUCAGUCUUGAUAUUUAUAGGUUUUUUUUUUUUAAACUAUUUAGUUAUUAAACACUAUUGUAAAAAACAAGUGAAAAUUACUCUUUUUUUUUCUUUCAAUUUUCUUAUUUAAUGGUUUUUUUUGUGUGGAGAGUCCGGAGACUGGAGUGUGAGUGUAUAUGUAAGGAACACCAGUGGUUUUGAUUAUUACUGUUUUUCUUUAAUUAAUUGUUAUUUUUCUC